UGUUCGUAACCAAGUGACUCAGAAUUUCUUAUUUUGUUCAAGUAGCAGAUCGGAAACUUGGACAGGAUGUAACCCUGACCCUGACCCUCAUGAUUCAAAACGAAACUUGCGGCAGAUAGACGGAAGAGGCGGAACUUUCACUUCUGUGGAAAGAAGGAAGCCUUAUCUUGCUCUUAUCCUUCAGAGUUCGAAUUCCUACAGCUGCAUGGAAAUUUGUUUUAUUUAUCUUAAACUAGAAGCUCAGGAAGAGUGUUUCGUGUUGUUUACCUGUUACGAUGAAUCUCAAUGAGUUCUGGUGAGCAUACGUUUUUCAUUUUAAGUUGGUUGAUUUUGUUUCCACUUUUCGAGGGGUCGUUUACUAUGGAGGACAUUCGAGGUGCAGGACCGUCUGCGAGUGGCAUAUUUCCUUCUGACUUUAUGGAGCAGAGUUUCGCCGAAGAAAGCGACGUGGCGCGGCAACUGGAGACGCCGAACGAGGCGUUUAUGGUAGUCGAAAUGAUAGAAAAAGACUUGGAGGACGUAUAUUUGAAAUACAAGACGAUAGACGAUAACUUAAAGCGUCUGAAAAGAUACAUCGAAGCUGACAAACGAAGGAAAUCUUGUGGUAUCAUGGAUAUAGACAACGAAUUCUGCCGGGAAGCAAUCCGCAUCGCCGUUCUGGAAGAGCCGGAUGGAUUAUCAGAAGAGUCCUUGGUUCGCGUCUUGAAAGAAUUCAGCAUCAGCAAAAAACAAACAGUCAUCUCCAAAUACGCUUCGACAAACGUAAAGAAAUUCAGAUCUCAGCUGCUACUGAUCGAGCGUCAUCUGAUGAAGAUGAAGCAGAAAAGAACAGGAAAUGUACCACCAAAUUUAAUUAAAAAAGUCAAGAAUAUCCUUGAUACUAUAGAAGAAAUUAUUGAAAACACUCGGGAGUGAUUGAUUCAUAUGGAUUACCGAUAUUGGAAGUGAAAAUUCUGAGGCUUAGAACAAUAAAAAUGUUUUUAAUGCUUAUAUGA